GGUAACCUCGAGAUCAUUAGAUUCAGAGGUGCUCAGGAAGCAGUUCGCUCAGUCAGCCGAGGCUUGCGAAACGUCGUAUUGGCAAUCGUGGACAGCGGAGUUGAUGUAUCCCAUCCGGAUCUGAUCAAUCAGUUCUGGAAAAAUCCAGACGAUGGUUCUAUCGGGUUCAACUUCCUGGAUGAUAAUACCAACGUUACUGAUGAGAACGGCCACGGCACUCACUGUGCUGGAAUAGCUGGCGCUCAGACUAAUAACAGCCUUGGUAUCGCUGGUGUUGCAGACGUGAAACUCAUGAUCCUGAAAUUUGUAG